UUCUUAAGUAGAUAUUUAAUUCUUAAAUCAACUUACUGUAUCACCUGAUCUGUCGGCGAUGAAUUGCUGGCACUGAGAAAGUCAAUAAAAACUUUACUAACAAUAUUCUACCCUCUCGGUAAAAAUGGUGAGAAAAACAUCACACAAGCUGAGAUAAGUUCAAAUCGGUCUGUUUAUUUAGAAGCAGUAUUUUUGUAAGUGCCUAGCUAGCUAACUAUUGCAUUUUUUGAACGUUUUUCGUGGUAAGGUUGUUCGUAUAUUGUGGAAGGUUUUUUUAUGUAUUUUUUUAUGUCGUUGUUAUACUGAAUUUUUAUCUUUGCUUAUUUAUGCUUUUUUGUUUAUUUUUAUUUUUAUUUAUUUCAUAUUUUAUUUCCACGUUUUGAACUACUGUUUGACCUGUUUCAUAACAAAGCAUACUGCCAUUAUACUUUGCCGGCUCUUUUCUCUUUCCAUUUAUCUUCACAAUGAAGGAGAAUUAUUUGUUGAAACAUCAUAUGACCAUGUAAUUAAAGCUCGCUAAUUAAUCAUUAGCAUUAAUUACAUCCUGAUUUUAAUUGUAGCAGAAGUUUUUAAUGCUUCUCUGUUUGACAAAUCAAGAUAUUUACACUGUUCGUGAGACGGUAACGGCCAUGAAUACAUCAACAAAGUUGUCUCGUUCAACUCAAUUUUUAAAUAAACGAGCAGACCGCCUCGGUUUUACAAUGAGUAUGAAAAGAUUGAAGGGAAAGUUUCGGCUGAGCAGUUCAUCGUCUGUUACAUCACAAGUGUCCAUAGAUGAAUGGUCAAAAUACGAUGAGAGACUGUUGGACUGUGUUGCCCGUGAGGAUAUACCAAAAUUAAAGGAGACGCUCAAAAAGAAAGGAGUUUCUCCUAUUAAACUUAGUCGAGAUGGUCAAACAGCCAUGCACAAAGCUGUUAAGAAAAGUAUGAUCGCAGCUAUUGAGUGUAUGUUGAUGGAGCAGCCAGAUCUAUCCACAACAGAUAUUCAAGGACGCACAGUGUAUCAUAUUGCAGCCAUAAAUGGAGACACUAUCGUUUUAAAAAAAUUACUCGACUUUAGUCGAUGGAAUUUAGAGAUUAAAGACGCAUGCGACAUGACGGCGCUUCAUUACGCUGUGCGCAGCGGCGAGACUGCGUGCGUGAAGCUGCUUAUCGAUAACAACUGUCCUGCAAAUGCACAGGAUGGUGAAGGGAGGACAUCGUUAUUAAUGUCACUUCUAGAAGGACAUGACAAAAUCGCAGUGACGCUUAUCCUUCAUGGAGUAGAUGUCAAUAUUUGUGACAAUAAAAACAGGUCUUGUCUCAUGAUUGCCUGUGCACAAGGAAUGUGCCAAGUAGCCGCUCUGCUCCUUUCGAAAGGCGCCGAGACUGAAGUGCAAGACAAGACAGGGAAAACAGUGUUACAAAUUGCACAGGAAGCUGGACAGACAGACAUAGUUAAUAUUUUGCAGAAUGGACGUGACGAGUUAGAAAUUAGUGGUGAUUCUGGUAUGGUGAAUACCGAAGAUGUAGAAGACAACAUUGAAAAAGAUGAACACGAAGAAAAUGACGACAUUGCACCCAUCGAGAAAAGAAUGACCAGGAACUCGUCAUCUAGUUCGACCAAACGAAAUUCCGCGUUGCGACACGACGAUAAUAGUCUGACGACGUCUAUAAUAGAGUCUUUAAUGGGCUUCGAUGUAGGUAGUGAUACGAUAAGUGAAGUGAGUGCCACCGAGGAUCAGCUUCACAUGAAGAUUGAAGAUGAGCGAAAGGAACUGGAAAUAAAGUUAAGCAAACAGAAUAGGAGAGUAGAAGAGCUAGAAUCAGAGAUGACAUCAGUAAGGAAUAAAUUAAAAUGGGAAACAGAACUGCGAUUCGCUGCGGAGAAAGAAGUAUUGGAGUUGAAAUCACAAAUCGAAUUGUUGCAAGAGAGUAGAACCAGAAGUUCACAUAACGACGAAUUGAAAGUAACUUUUGGUAGCGACGAAUAUUUAUCUGGGGAUAAUACUGUAAAAGAUAAUGGUGGAGAUGCUAAUCACGACGAUGAUAGAGAUGGUGAUGACAAUAAUAAUGGAGAUGCUGAUGACAUUGAUAAUGGAGAUUUUGAUCAGAAGGAUGGAGAAAUUAAGAAUGAGCAACCAGAGGAAGAAGAGACUAACUCAGAUUGUGAAAGCUAUGGACAACAGGGUGCCCAUAGCGACAGUGACGAAAGUGUUAGUAAGGAAACCGGCUACCGUAAGAAAAGCUUAGGUACAGCGAAGCAACAUAUUGAUAUGCUCGAAGAACACAUUUUAAGUUUAGAAGAAGACCUACUUAACAAAGACAACGAAAUAUGUGGACUGGAAACUAAAUUAAAGAAUACGAAAGAAUUAGUUGAUUUGAAUAACAAUACCACGGUCUCUCUUGAAGUGUAUAACCAGUUAAGGGCUGAUAACAAGAACGAGAGAAACUCAUUCAAGGAAGAAAUAAAAACAUUAGAAAAUAAAAUAUCGAAACUUGAGGAAGCGGACCGUCAAAUGAAAGAAAAAAAAGUUGCUUUGGAAACAAGGUUACAGUCAGAAGAAAAUAUGUCGAAAGAGCUCAAUGAAAAAAUGCUGAUCAUGCAAAUUGAAAUGAACAAUUUGAAGAAGGAACUCGAGGAAUGUCAAAUUUCGUACGAACAAACGAUCGAAUGUUAUCGUGCCAACAUGGUAGCACUACAUCAGGAUUCUCUUGAUGCAACAUUAAAAGAAGUGCUUGUGAGAAUAGUAAGACUUCGAUCUGGCUAAAUCAUCUGCGGUAGAGAAUUAUAGAAAACCUCUACGAGAGAGGGUGAAGUAUUACCUAUACAAAGAAUGGCGCCAUCAAAUGAUGUAUGUUCAAUAUCACAGAAUGAGAACUGUCGUAUGCGCGUGCGCACACGACAGGCCUGCUUUCGACCUGCAAUUAGCGCCACAGAGCUCCCUCAUAUCUUAAAAGUUGUUAAUAACCGUUAUUAAAAAUACAAAAAUAAACUGUGAUUCUUUACAAACUAAAUAUCACGAUAAUUUAUUAUAAUUUAUGAAGAGGGGUAGAUUUUUUUUGUGUUUUUAUAGAAAUGUACAAAGCUUUAUAUAUCAUUUUGUUUUACAAUUACUUUUCCUUCU